AUGCAUAAAGAAGACUCUGAAUACUCAGGCUAUGGUCCACGUCAAUUAAACAACUUGAACAAGCACCACUUUCAAACGAAACUUGGUCUGAUCGCUAUACUUGAGUUCUCACUUAUGGAACGAGCUUUUUCAAAAACAUCUUUCAUGUUUAGCAGGAACCAGGCUCCAGAGCGCUUGGCCAGGGGCAUAUGGUGCUUAGUAAGCAUAGCAUUUAUGCUGAAUAGCUGGCAAGCGAACUCAAAGAACCUCCAGAGCCUGUGACUGUCCUAGGACCUCACUAA